GAAAAAAUUGGAAUUCUAAAGUCAGUCUCUGUGACUCUUCCUUUGUCCGUCAGAGAAUUCUUGAGCUCUUCGUUUGUCAAUCGGUUUUCCGAUGCCAGCUCGUCGGAGACAUAGCUACGGCGGCGGAUCCUCUCCAGCAACCGCAUCUUCUUACAGUACUAAUACUCUCACCGAUCGUUCUUCCCCUCCCGCCACCGACAAACCUAGCUCCGUCGCUCGCUGGAUCUCCGGGAUCUUCAUCAACUGCUUCACUCCUCCCGAUUCCCUUUCCUCCAAGGAUUUCGAAGAUUCCGAGCAUAAUAUCCGUAGUAGAAGGAGCUCAACAGGAAGUGUGCAGAGUCACUAUGGAAAUGCAAACGAAACAGAUAAGAAUCCGAAUCAAAGAUUCAGCUUCGAUGAAAUCUACAACGCCACCAAGAACUUCUCCCCGUCUUUCAGGAUCGGACAAGGAGGUUUUGGCACUGUUUACAAGGCCAAGCUUAGAGAUGGCACUACCGUAGCUAUCAAGCGUGCCAAAAAGAGCUUGCACGACGAUUGUCAAGGCUCAGAAUUUAUGAGUGAGAUUCAGACAUUGGCUCAAGUAACACAUCUUAGUUUGGUCAAAUAUUAUGGAUUUUUGGUGCACAAUGACGAGAAGAUUCUCAUCGUGGAGUAUGUAGCCAAUGGAAAUCUCAGAGAUCACUUGGAUUGUAAGGAAGGGAAGAUUCUCGACAUGGCAACUCGGCUAGAUAUCGCCACCGAUGUAGCUCAUGCCAUUACCUAUCUUCACAUGUAUACACAGCCACCUAUCAUCCACAGAGACAUAAAAUCCUCAAACAUUCUCCUCACUGAGAAUUUCAGAGCCAAAGUUGCAGAUUUUGGUUUUGCCAGAUUAGCUCCAGAUAGUGAAUCAGGAGCCACGCAUGUCUCAACACAAGUGAAAGGCACUGCCGGUUACUUGGAUCCAGAAUACCUAACAACGUAUCAACUCACUGAGAAAAGCGACGUCUACUCCUUCGGUGUACUUCUCGUCGAGCUUCUCACUGGUCGACGUCCCAUUGAGCUUAACAGAGAACAAAAAGAACGCAUCACCAUAAGAUGGGCGAUCAAGAAGUUCACGAAUGGAGAUACCAUAUCGAUAUUGGACCCCAAGCUAGAACGAAGUCCAGCCAACAACUUAGCACUGGAGAAGGUAUUGGAGUUGGCCUUACAAUGUCUAGCUCCUCAUAGAGGUUCUAGACCAAGCAUGAAAAAAUGCAGUGAGAUUCUCUGGGGAAUCCGUAAAGAUUACAGAGAGCUGCUCAACACAAGUCUUUGACGCUCUCUACGCCUUACAUUAUAUUAUCAAUAUAUUAUUUGUUUUGAGUAUUCAUUUGUCACAUACGAUGAUUCUUGUGCGAGAAAUGUUGAUUUGUAAUUGUUUUCUUUCUUGCAACCUAAUAAUAUUAGUGUAUCUGAUAUCUACAAAA